CCCAAUUUUCCAAUCGUUGACGGCGAUUUUGCGCGUUCAUCUAACAUUACGUAUUUCGAAAACGCGGAACUUGACGCGACUGACUUGGUAACCUUCGCGUUUAAUAAUUGAUAAAACCAUCCCAGCUCCAGCUAGAAGCAUGUUUUUUGGACCAGUUUAGUGUCCAUUGAUUUACCCGUAUUGUUUGUUUGUUUGUGUGUGAUUAAAGUGUCUCAACACCAUUCCAAGUGUGUUAGAAACAGCUAUAAAUGGCAUUCCGAUCGUUAAGGCUCGUGAAACCCCAACAGCCAUGCGGAUGUCUUUCAAUGAAGAAAGACUCCUCAAUGUUCCAUCCCAAUCUAUCUGAAGGUGGAUUUUUGCCCUCUGGUCCGAAGCGACGUUACUCCAAUAGUCCAUCAUUGAUAACCCCAUUGGCCGAGGCGAAGCGUUUUAUGAAAGACUGUUUUCUGGCUGUUGGGGCCUCUGCCGACAAUGCAGAAACGGUGGCAACCAACCUGUUAGAAGCGGAUUACAGAGGACACUACAGCCAUGGCAUGAACCGAUUGGACAUGUACAUUCGUGACAUCCAGCACGGCACUACAGAUGCAACAGUAAGUCCAGUUACCCUGAAUGAGACUGUGGCUACAGCCCAUCUGGAUGGCAGGAACGGAUUGGGGGCUGUAGUUGGAAAGCGAGCCAUGGAAAUCGCAAUCAGUAAGGCGAAAGAUGUUGGAAUAGGGCUGGUGGUAGCCAAAGGAUCAAAUCACUACGGAAUCGCUGGGAUGUACGCCCUGCAGGCCAUUGAACAAGGCCUAAUUGGCUUGAGUGUAACUAAUACUUCGCCCCUAAUGACGCCAACCAGAGCAAAACAGGCAACACUUGGCACAAAUCCCCUAUCAUUGGGAGCGCCUGGUAGAAAGGGCGACAACUUUGUGCUGGACAUGGCCACAACCGCCGUGGCUCUAGGCAAGAUAGAAAUCGCGAAAAGGAAAGGGGAGCCGAUUCCUGAGGGAUGGGCUCUGAACGACGCAGGCAUUCCCGAAAGCAAUCCAAGCAUUGCGUAUAAAUAUGCAAAACUAAUGCCCUUAGGAGGAACCGAAGUCAAUUCGGGAUACAAGGGAUAUGGACUGGGAAUGCUGGUGGAAAUUUUCUGCGGAAUUUUAUCAGGUUCUUCAUAUGGUCCACAUGUUAGACGAUGGGGUACAUCGCAUGCUGUGGCCAAUUUGGGCCAAGCUUUCAUGGCGAUUAAUCCGGCAGUGUUUGCUCCAGGAUUUGAGGACAGACUUCAAGAUUUGAUGACAUAUUUAAGAGAGAUGGAACCGGUGGAUAGUGGCAAGCCGGUUUUAGUACACGGCGACAAAGAGAAGGCGCAUAUGGAAAAGGUGCAUGCAGAAGGGGGUUUGCGAUACGUUCCAAAUCAGCAUAAAACCAACGCCAUCCUGGCUGAAGAGCUGAAAAUUGCCCAAAUGGCAUCGGAAACCGUUACUCUUUCUACGGAUGAGCAUGUCGAUUGAAGCACAAUAAUCUGCAAAACGAAUAAUUGUUAAGUUUUACUACUUAUAACGUUUCUUGCAAUAAAUUGUUGCUUUCUUGUCAAGUUCUUCAAAAAACACUUUUUUAUUUAAAAAUCUGCGAUAGAAUGCGACCGUUUUGUGUCCCAGUUUGAAGAGACUAAAAGGAAGAAAUCUUCUCAAAGUAACCCAAAAUUGUUGCUGUUUCCUGUAAAUAUUAGAUAGUUUCCAAUGAAUUUUCCUAGGCAUGUAUGGAAUGAAAACUCGAAAGGCCCUUUGCGAGAAUUUCUGAAAGUGGCCCACGAAUGCAGUUCAUCAGAAUUUUGCAAUCGCGAAGAAUACAAUCGGUUGCAAUCCCUAUUUCAAUUGGACAAUGACAUUAAAAACAACCUCAAGGCCCCGGAAAUAUGCAUAGAUAU